UUCUGUCACAUUCGAGUUUUUGCUUCUUUCCAAAACACAAACAGAAAAUAAGAUUGUUCAAAAAUUUUAGAUUUUACUGUCGGUUAUUGUACAACUUUGUGCUUGAAACUCACCGAAAGAAUUUUUCCCAGCACAAGUUACUGACCCAGUCACCAUGCAGUUCGACCAAACUGGAGACACCGCUAAACUAUGCCGAGUCUGUAUGACGGCCAAGGAGGGUCAUCGUACCGACCUCUACGUUACCACGUCGUUAGUAUCCGGUCAGCCCAGCCUGUACGGAAUGCUUAAAGCCGUCUGCGCCCCGGUGUUUGAGAAAACCGAAGCAGACCACCGUCCCGGAAUGCCAACGAAGGUUUGCUCGAUAUGUCGGAAUGCUAUCCUAGCGGCCUUCAAGCUGCAUCAAACGUGCAUCGAAACCGAUCGCCGGUUGGGGGAGUUGCUGGCGGUCAAGAGGGAACUUCAAGAUCUGGAACAUAACGAUGGAACUGGAGAUCCGUUGGGGUCCAACAGCAAGGAAAUGCUGCGAGUUGGAAUGUUGAACACGAGCGAUGAAGUGGGUUGUGUUAAGACGGACGGAGAAACGCGACUUCUUAAGGAGGAGCAACCAAAAGAGGAGGAGGUAGAUUCACUUCCGGAAGCUGAACAUGUGGGUACGAUAAAAGUUGAAGAGCUGAACUUGAUGGAGGAAAAUGACAAUGACAACGAUAAUGCCUCUGAUUGUGAUGAGAACGAAGAACCUCUCGUUGAAGAAGAUUCGAGCAAAACGACCUGUAAGAUUUGCUCGAAAUCUUUUAAUAAAACUGCCAUGCUGAGAAAGCACAUGAGCAUAAAGCACAAGAAAACAAUCAAAAAAUCCGUGAAAUGUUCCUGUGGAAGAAUUUUUAAAAGCGAAAAAAGAUUUAAUGAACACACCGCUUCCGGUACGUGCUCUGGAGAGAUUGGUAGGAAGUGUAAAUUAUGUAAUAAAAUCUUCAAAUCGGUUGACGUCAUGGUUAGACAUCGCAACUCGGUGCAUUCAGAGCCCGUUGUAUGUUCCGAGUGUGGUAAAACGAUGGCGAACUUCAACAGCCUGCGGAUGCACUUGCGGGUCGGAUACUGUUCCAAGCAGAAAGAUCAGCCCCCGACGGAAGCUAUGCUUGCUGCCAGGACUUGCAAGGUUUGUGGUGAAUUGCAGAAAACUCGUUUCGCAGUAAGUGGCCACAUGAAGGUUGCGCAUCCGGACCGUAUGUUUCGUUGCGACAUUUGCGGUAAGGAGUUUCAACUUCAAAGAUAUCUGGAUCUGCACAAAGUAUCGCAUGGUCCUAAAACGUACCUUUGCCCAACUUGCAACGAAACCUUGCCCACAAAAGAAGCUCUCAAGAAGCAUCGACGAACCCACAAAGCCCCCAUCACGUGUAACGUUUGUGGAAAAGUUGUUGCAACCAAUUAUUCACUGUCCGUUCACAUGGAGCGGCACGUAGGUCUCAAACCGUUCGCUUGUGACAAUUGUCCGAUGCGAUUUUUCACGAAAGCGGAGAUUAGAGGUCACAUGCUAACGCACACCAAGAAGCAGGACCACGUGUGUGACCUCUGUGGAUCCCGAUUCACGACCAAUCAUUCACUGAAGAAGCAUGUUAUACAUGUCCACGAAGGUCAGCGUCCCUUUCCGUGCUCGCUGUGCAGUUUAAAGUUUGCCCACGCAAACCAACUGCAGCGCCACAUGUACACGCACACUGGGGAAAAACCCCACAAGUGUGAACUUUGCCCGCAGGCGUACGCCCAGACCAACGAUCUGGUCAAGCACGUGGCCCGCGCCCACGGCGAUGGCAAUCCGUACCUUUGCGACCUGUGCGACGAGGGGUUCCGGCUGCUGACGGAUCUGCGUCAGCACUACCGGGUGCACGUGCAAUCGACGGAGGGCGGAGCCGACCAGAUGGAGGAAGUGCGCUUCACCAGUGUAGCGAUACUGAAGAGGGCGUUCGCUAAAGCUAAACAACGGCUAGGAAUCGAUAGCGGGCUGAAUUGAUGAAUAAAAUAAGUUUCUUGAAAUUCUCUGAUAGUGAA